ACGGAGAAUACGCGAACUGGCAGUGUCGAUACGCAGUUGAGUAACACAAAAAGAGAUGACGUCGACGAACGGCGUGUAGACAACGCAGUGAUAAGUAGCCCGAAUAGUUCUCCAGUCCGUUACAGAGGUCUUGAUCCGGACAAAGUACUCGAUGCGUAUGGUUUUGGAAGGUAUCAGUUUUUCGGUUAUUUCCUCUCAGAGGGCUUGAACCUCUUUUAUUCGGCGGCUAUGUACGUGAUGCCUUAUGUGACACCUAACCCCGUACUCGGAUGUACGUAUAAGAAUGAUUCUAUACCUGUUGAUGAAAGCUGUAAAAUAGCAUUGGACAGCGAAGGUUCGCCGAGUGGAGUAUGCGGUGUAGCAUCAGGAACAAUUCUCACGUAA